AUGUGCAUUACUACCGCAAAGGUAGAGGUGGAUACACUACCACAGAGAUUCACUGCCCCGGGUAAAGGUGCAUUACCACGAAAGUGGAUGGAUGCUUUACCACGAAGGUUGAUGAUUUCUUUUUGUAUUUUGUUUUAG